GACGCGCCCUCUUCUAUAAACGUCGGGAAACUUAUUCGCGGAAGGUUUUCUCUUCUCCAUGUACUAACCGGAAUAUUUUUACAAUUUAGGUUACCGGCGUUUCCUUCAUUAAUUUUGUAUCUUUUAUUGAAAAUAGUGAACACUGAAGAACAUUAAAUGAUAAAAAGGCAGUCUCUUGCCUGAAAAAGACAAGACUAAAAAUAGAUCACUGUCCGACAUACUUGUUGGGAAAUCGAAUGAGAGCUUUCCAUUCAUAAAAUACAUUCAUUUGGUGUUCAGCUGUGGUGGUACAUACGUCGGGAGAGACUAUAUUAUAAAGUUUUCAGUGAAUGAACUGCUCCUUGAAGAAUUAGAGACAUUUGUGAACAUUGAUCGAUAACAGCUUCGCUUGAAUUUUCGACAACACACAGCGCAACAAGACUAUCGGAAAAAAUGGCGACGACAGAGGGCGGACUGGCGCCAGGUAGCGAUGAUAUGCCAGUGGGCGGGCCAAAGACACCCCAGCAAAUCGCCGCCCAGCGUCGCCUUCAGCAAACACAAGCGCAGGUCGAUGAGGUGGUCGAUAUUAUGAAAACAAAUGUCGAGAAGGUACUGGAGCGAGAUCAGAAGCUUUCGGAAUUAGAUGACCGAGCAGACGCACUUCAGCAGGGCGCUUCACAGUUCGAACAGCAAGCUGGAAAACUGAAAAGCAAAUUUUGGUUGCAAAAUUUAAAGAUGAUGAUUAUCGCUGCUGUAAUUGGAAUCAUCAUUUUGGCUCUUAUCAUCGGUCUGUAAACACCCAAGGACUGUUGCCGCGUUCCAGCCUACACCGACAUCUAUAAUGGGUCCGGCGAAAUAUCUUUUUAUUAGAAUUUAGUAUCUAUUAUUCAACUGUUAUAAAAUAACAAAUACUAUGGUUUUGAAUACUUGUGUCUAUAUUUUAAUAAUAUCAUUUAAAUACGUAUAUUUAUCACCACGCAUAUUGUCUGUAACAAACUCACACGUCCUAUGACCUUUUUUGUCACACUCAUCAAAACUGAAAAAACUUUAUAGAGUAUUUUUAGAUGAUCUUUCUUUGUUUAAAAGUUUACCUUUAAAAUCAAAAUCCUACUUGAAUACUUCUUAGUCAUAGUUAAGGCUUAUCAAUUUAUACCAUAUCGCAAAGAAAUUCUUUGUUAUACAUAAUUAAAGAUAUAUUACUUAUUUAUUUUUUCAGUGUUUAGAUAGAAAUUUAUUGCGAUAUUUUAAUUCGAAUAAUGCAUAUAGCAGCUUUAUUUUUUUUACUAUGAAUUUCAUAUUCCUUACGAAGUUCUACUAAAAGAAACGUUAAAAUAUCAAUGUUAGUGUUAUAUUAUAUUCUCCCUGUCAGUAUGCUUUGUAUUUUGUGUGUUACUAUAUGCCUUGGUUUUUCUAAAUAAAAUUGAUAUUUCUAUAACCAUAAGCAUUAUUAAUUUCGCAUACGUAUGUACGUAUAGCUUUAUUGAAAAAUUCUGUGCAAAAGUAAUUAAUGUAGCGGCCAGAAAACUUCUCUGAAUUCAAAACGGAAAACGCUUUAAAAAUCUAAAGAACGCUUGGUUCUAGAGCGCGAUAGAAGAAAUACAUUUCAAUGUACAUAAAUUAGUCAAGAAAAGAGAGUAUAAAGAAAAGUC